AUGAGUGGUAGAGGCGCGACAACACAAGUUGGAAAACAACAACAACAACAGAGAAACACAAACAAGAAACCAACGACAUCAUCACCAAAGAAUACAACAACAACGACAUCGACAUCCACUACUACGACAUCGCCAACUACUUCAGCUUUACAGGAUAAGGAUGCAGAGAUUAGAGACUUUGAAUCAAAGAAACAACAGGCUAAUCUUGGUCUGGAACAAUGUGAAUCACUAGUAAAGAACACUCUGGGACAUCUUGAGCGCGUGAAGGACAUCGACCAGCAUUGGGUCAAUCAGGAGCAUAUCCAGAUCAUGUCCUUCUUGCCACAGGACAACACAAAUGACAACAACGCCUCUGCCGAUGAGGUGCUGCUCUAUCUCAACUCUGACCUGUCACGUCUGCUCAAGAUGCCCUACAAGCAGUUCUGGAGCCACAUGCUGCUGAACAACUCGCUGCUGGACUUUCUGGAGAGCUUCCUGCGCUACGCCAGCCGGCCAUACACCAGGAUCAAUCUGUGCGGCAACAUCUCUGCCAAGCAGUUGGGCAGCCAGGACUUCCGUGACUCUAAGCACAUGCUCGAGCGCAGAGUGAUGGCUGUUCUGACCAAACUCUCGAUGCAGCAAGAGAAGAAUGGACAAUAUAUUGGACGCGAAUACUAUGCCAAGAGCAUAUACAAUCGUGGCCUGUUUGAUGUGCCCAAGAUGAUUGACAUCUGUGCUCUGUACGGCAGUCGAUGUAAAGAGCAGAUCAGCACCAUGGUCCAAGGACUCUUUGACAUUCAGCCUCACUACUAUGACGACCUGAGUAAGACCCCAGCCGUCAUUGCUCGCUCACUCCAAGAGCUCAACCAGACAAUCGUUCAAGUCAACAAUAUCGAUCUGAUCAAGAUUGAGGAUACAUCAAGUUAUUUGUUGGACAUUGUGUAUAGUGUCAACUGCUUCCUCAAGGUCUUCCCAGCAGGCUGCCAUUCAUUCGAAGAGGAUGAAUCAUUCAUUCCCCUGCUGGUCUACUUUUACGAGCGUAUUAUACCCAUCUAUGAAUGCGUGAUUCCCUCACCGCAGCUCAAACAACAGUUGCAGCCAAUUAAGUCACACAUCAUCUGCAUCAUUCACACGAUCAUCAAGCACUGCUACACGAACAAGAUGGAUCAGAUUGCACAGGGUCUGAGUGAGCCUUGCACCCAGUGCAACAAGCGACAACAAAAGAAUCAGAGACUGACUUACUCGGUCGUGUCCAAGGGUCUGCUUGACUUCCUCGGACGACUGACUGAGCAGAGGGACUUUGACAAGACACAUCGAUCCAAACAGUUUGGAACAUACUUUGAUACCAUCACCUUUGGCUCAAUCCUCAAUGACUACGAAGACAAAUCAGCAUUGUCUAGCAAGCUCAUCAGUCUCUACAGUCUGGAUGACACUAUUGACAGUGUUAGAUUGUCCUACUUUGUCAAUAUGAUGGGCAAGCAUUUGCCAAAGGACAAGCCACAGCCUGCCAAGCAACAACAACCAGCUGUAACAACAACCUCCAAGGCUGAGCCACAACCAACAGUCUAUGACCUGUCGAAUAUCACACAGAUUCAGGACAUCUUCCCAGACUUUGGCGAUAAGUUCAUCUUUAGUUGUCUCAAGUUCUUCAAUGACAAUGUGGAGACGACCAUCAACGCAUUGUUUGAGCAAGACAGUCUGCCCGCCCAACUCAAAUCAAAGAACAAGAAGGAGACAUUCGCCAAUCCAUCAACACCUCCUCUCGCCACCAUACCAUCACCAGUCCAAUCAACAUCAACUACAUCAACCACUUCAACAUCAACUACCACCACUACAUCAACAUCAACGACAUCAACAUCAAGGACCAAUGAUCUUGGUGAUGUAUACGAGAUGGCAAUGGGAAAGAGAUCUGUGGAACUCCCUCUUCACAUGUCCAACAGCAUCAAGUCAUAUAUUACCAACUACGACUAUGAGAACAUGUACGACGAUGAGUACGAUGACUCACUUGACGCAUUCCUUGGCGUUGGUGUACAGGAUGGAGAGAGCCUGAACACAGAGGAGCAGGACGAGAAGAAAUCAGAGGAGAACGCGCCCCUCACCAAGAACACACCAUUCGCCAAGAACGCAGCGCCAUUUACAUCCAAGAAGAACCCAAGCGCCAAGGCAUACGCAAGCAAGAACCAUCAUCGCAAGGACAAGUCCUUGAAGAAGACCAUGGGUGGAUUCAACAAUCAACCUAGUUCUGGCAAUUAA